AUGUACUCCGCACAACCAACAGGCGCCGACGGUGCGACAAUCAAUCCCGCUGCCCUCAACUCUGGUGAGUUGUUCAUUCCUCAUGUCAUAUAUUGUGAUCGCUAUUUUCAGCACAAACGAAUAAGACCAAUGAAGGCCCGAACGUCAGGAAGCAUUUCCGAGGCCCCCGGGCAAGCCCCGGGCGGAGCCGUGCCUCAAGCCAUUCCGCCGCCGCAAGCGCCCCAAUCCCAAAAUCCUGCGAUUCCGACUCAGACGACGCCCGCCUACUCGACUCCGCAGGCGCAGCUGCCCCCCAAGCCGACGCCGACCAAGACGACGCUCAAGGCACUGCCCACGGUGCGAGAUCAUACCACUGAUCAGCUCAACCCUUCGGGCGACGAGUACAUCCCGCGUGAGACGGAUGAGUUUGGUGAGAAGAAGGUGAUGCCCAAUGGCCAGCUCCUUGGCAACCGCCAAUACCGGUGUCGCACAUUCCUGGUUCCAAACCGUGGAGACAAGCUUUUCAUGCUGGCCACCGAAUGCGCCCGAGUGCUUGGAUACCGAGACUCGUACCUCCUGUUUAACAAGAACAGGUCACUUUAUAAGAUUAUCGCCAGCCAGGCCGAAAAGGAUGAUCUUGUCCAGCAAGAGAUUUUGCCUUUUUCGUACCGAUCGAGGCAGAUCGCCAUCGUGACGGCCCGGUCCAUGUUCCGACAGUUUGGAAGUCGCGUCAUCGAAAACGGCCGCCGAGUCCGAGACGAUUACUGGGAAACAAAGGCCCGGAAGCAAGGCUUCACUGAAGCCGAUCCCGCCGGAGAGAAACGACCCGGAGCCGCCAAGGCCAGAGAGGCCGCCGAAGCAGCACAGAACAGCGUUCUGCUGGGCAACCCGCAUACGGAAAUCGUGUAUAACAACACGCCUGGACCGUACCCCGGCGCGCCUCAGCCUCACCUCGUUCAAGGUAUGAUGGGAGCACCUGGAAGCGCGACAAGAAUGCCGGCAUUAACGGUUGGACCAGACCUCAGUGACAACAGAGCCAGGGACUACGGCGGUAUCAUCAAGGGCGGACCUCGACAGGAGAUUACCGGACCCCCGUACCAAGACCAGACCAGGCCUUCCCCUCUGGUGGAAAUUCAUUCGCAGGCCCACCACGCCGCCGAUUUCAACCGAUCCGUGAACCAGCAACGCGAUAUGCGCGACAAUUACCUUCAGGGCAUCUGGCGCCGGCCGCACGAGCAACCCACCCAGUCCGGUCUUACGCAACAGCCCGUUGCUGCAUCGGCCGACCCGGCUAUUCCCACCAGCCGACCGUCGAAUUCGCCUCACACCACCGCCGCUGGCAUAGCCCAGCCCGGCGUUGUUUCGUCGCAGAGUCCGCAGAUGAUGAUGACUGCGGCCCCCUACUCCCAGUCCAUCAAUGCGCAAAGUGCGCUCGGUCAAGCUCCCAUCAGAGGAUCUACCGGUGGCAUCAGUGCCGGAGCCGCUGGAUACAGCUAUCAGCAGCCAGGCCAGAUGUGGUCUCAGAGUCCACAGACGCCGCAAACUAGCUACAGCAGCUAUACGACUCAGCCUCAGGCCGCGCAUCCUUCCCAGUCUCCGGCCUCUCAACUCCGCCAAACAGGCGCUGGCCAGAUGCAGCCGAGCAUGCAGUUCCCCGGCAUGGGAAGCAUGCAGUAUAGCACCAGCCAAGGCAUGUACGGCGCGGAGCAAACGCCUCGUCAAUACAUGCCUCAAACCACGCCGAGCACGCAGUCAGCGUCGCAAGCAUGGUCAGGCCAACACCCACAAUCUCAGCAGUGGUGGACGCCUCAACAGCAACAGUAGUGUCCACCUCUGGUGUGGCAUUGCGCUGUGAGCGGUUGGUUUGCUAAGGCUUGUAGUAGUCGAUCUUGUUAAAGCAUGUCAUGUUACUGCGUUGCUUGCAACUCUUCUUUUUCUGCACGUUCUAGUUUGAAGAACUGAUUGGUUCCAUUGGCUUUUUCCUUUUAUUUCUGGGACCGAGCUCCUGCAGUAUUCCAGAUACCCCAAGCAUACAGGUUGGUUGGAGCGGCUUUUUGCUUUCUUGAGUCAGCGGCUCGUUUUGAACGAUGCGCAGCACCUGGCUCAGGUAGGAUAAAGGAGUCGGAGGGAGGUCGGUAGGAUGUAUUUCUUUACUUUUACUUUUUUCCUUCUUUUUCCCCUUCGCUUCUUUCCCCUUAUCUUCUUCUCACCUUCACCUCCCCCUUUUUGGACCAGUGGUUAUGCAAAAACCCUGUGCCAUUUCAUUGCCUAUGGUUAUCCGACGUCUAUCUUUUCUCAUUUCUUUUCAUUACUUAACGGCCGAAUUUUUUGCAGGUGUCCAGAAUGUUCUCUGGACGGGGAUUUUAUGUAUCUUUUUUAACGGUAUUCACGAAGGGAGGGAACUCCUACUUGGCAUCUCUUCACGGCUAAUCCUCAAUGUUUUGGCGGGGCAUGUUUCGCGUUGAUGUUGAUACCACUUGGUUUGCUUUAGUCGUCAAACACACUUGAUGAGAGAAAUUGAGAUUCCUUUUUGGUUUUUG